AAACCUUCCCAACCAAUGGUAGAUAAAUGCCAGCAAACAGAUGUCACUGAGAAAAAGAAACACCUGACAGGUUCACAACAGGCAACACCAAAACCUGUCAUGAGCCAUGGUAAUGUACAUGAAAGCAAAGGAAAGCAUUCUAAAGAAUGUGAUAAAGUCAGAUUGUCUUCUCAGCUUCAACAAACCUGGCAGAGGAGAAAACAUGGACAAGAAGUAGCAGAUAAAUCCCAGCAGACAGAGGAAUGUAAAGUAGGGAAAAAAAAACCCGUAGCAAAGAAGGAAGAAACUCUACCCCCAAAAUCUGAAUCUGAGUGUGAACAACCUGCUCAACCAUCUAAAGAACAUGAAAUUUCGUUAUCCAGACGCCCAAGCCAUUCUUUGAUAAACAGAUCUCAGCAGACAAGUUGCACUGGAGAUUGGGCUCUUAUGGCCUACUAUGGCAUGUGCAGAGAAAUGAUAAUGGUGGAUAAGUGGCAGCAGACUGGCAUGAGUGAGGCAGAGUUCAUGGCGCUUUCUAAGCCUGGAAGCAAAAAGGAUUCAUUAUGUCAGCCAGAAGAUACUGUGGAACCUAAAGCAACACCAAGAACAUCCCGAGAAAGUUCUGCUGGCAAAACUGCCCCUUCUCCUAAAACUGCUACCCCUCCUCCCAGAAGUGCUACUGCUAGCAAAACUUUCUCUCCUCCAGGAAGUGCCAAAGUCUUCUCUCCCCAGGGAAGUACUGAAGCUGCUACCCCUCCUCCCAGAAGUGCUUCUGCUAGCAAAACUUUCUCUCCUCCAGGAAGUGCCAAAGUCAUCUCUGCCCAGGGAAGUACUGAAGCUGCUAGAAUUCCUUCUACCCAGGCAAGCGCUAGGGGUAGCAAAACAGUGUCUCUUCAAAAAAGUGUUAGCAAAGCUUUCUCUUCCCCAGUAAGUGCCAAAGUCACCUCUGCCCAGGGAAGUACUGAAGCUGCUAGAAUUUCAUCUUCCCAGGCAAGCCAUCGGGCUAGUAAAGCCUCAGCUAUUGAACCCCCUGAAGAAUCUGGCUCUGCAAUAAGAAUGACUUCUAUUGUUAAACUUGAAUCUUUUGACAAAAAGGCUCCUAUUGAACCAGAGUCUCCUGCUUUGGAAACAGAGUUGCCUCCUGAGGAAGGAGCUCCUCUUGAGGAUGUAAAAGUAGAGGCCUCUCCCUUGGAAGAGGCUUUCCUUGAAGAAGUAGAGGCUACCCCUAAGAAAGAAGCUGAGGUAAUAGAACCUCCUUCUGAAGAAGUAGAGGCUGCACCUAAGGAAAAAGUAGAACCUCCUUCUGAAGAAGUAGAGGCUGCCCCUGAGGAAGAAGCUCCUCUUGAAGUAGAAGCUGCCCCUGAGGAGGAAGCUCCUCUUGAAGUAGAGGCUGCCCCUGAGGAGGAAGCUCCUCUUGAAGUAGAGGCUGCCCCUGAGGAGGAAGCUCCUGUUGAGGAAGUAGAGGCUGCCCCUGAGGAAGUAGAGACUGCCCCUGAGGAAGUAGAGGCUGCCCCUGAGGAAGAAGCUCCUCUUGAGGAAGGAGAGGCUGCCCCUGAGGAAGAGGCUCCUCUUGAGGAAGGAGAGGCUGCCCCUGAGCAAGAAGCUCCUCUUGAGGAAGGAGAGGCUGCUCCUGAGGAAGAAGCUCCUCUUGAGGAAGUAGAAGCUGCCCCUGAGGAAGAAGCUCCUCUUGAGGAAGGAGAUGCUGUCCCUGAGGAAGAAGCACCUCUUGAGGAAGGAGAGGCUGCCCCUGAGGAAGAAGCUCCUUUUGAGGAAGGAGAGCCUGCCCCUGAGGAAGAAGCUGGGGAACUAGAGCCUGUUCCUGAGGAAGGAGAGGCUGCUCCUGAGGAAGAAGCUCCUCUUGAAGAAGGAGAGGCUGCCCCUGAAGAGGAAGCUGUGGAAUUAGAGCCUGUUUCUGAGGAAGUAGAGGCUGCCCUUCAGGAAGAAGCUCCUCUUGAAGAAGUAGAACCUCCUUCUGAGGAAGUAGAGGCUGCCCCUGAGGAAGAAGCUGAGGGAUUAGAGCCUGUUCUUGAGGAAGGAGAGGCUGCCCCGGAGGAAGAAGCUCCUCUUGAGGAAGGAGAGGCUGCUCCCAAGGAAGAACCUCCUUCUGAGGAAGUAGAGGCUGCCCCUGAGGAGGAAGCUCCUCUGAAUGAAUCUGAACUUGAGCCACCAGAAGAAACACCUCAAGAUGAGCUAGAGCAACCCCCUGCUGAAAUGGAGAAUUCUCAGACAGAAGUUCCUUCUGAUUUACCGCCUCCUGAAACAGCUGAGUGAGGAAGAGUCCCCAAAAAGGAAUCAUAGUAUCAAGUUAAAAUUUAAGCACAUACCUUAGAAAAGGGUAGGGCCCUGAAAGUAUCGAGGGGAAUUGUCAAAGGAAAAGGAACCAUCACAAUUGGAGUACAUAUUGGAAAAAUGAAUAAUAAAAAAGGA